CAGAAAAUGGCCGCAAUGGCGAAAGUGUUUCUGCUAAUUACUCUGUGCGUGCUUCCGGCUCUGGCCGCCGCCACGCGUCCCAUGAGAACCCCGUUCACGGUGGAGGGAAAGGUGUACUGCGACACUUGCCGCGCUGGGUACGAGACCAAGGCCAUCACCUACAUUGCCGGUGCCAAGGUUAGACUGGAAUGCAGAGACAAGAACAGCAUGGCACUCCUGUACACCAAAGAAGGGACAACCGACUCAGCAGGUUGCUAUAAGAUCCCAGUUGCAGAGGACCAUUUGGACCAAUUCUGUGAUGCAGUCCUUGUUAGCAGCCCUCAGAAGGACUGUGCAACAGUUUCCCCAGGGCGCGAGCGUGCACGUGUCAUCCUCACCGCCAACAACGGUAUUGCUUCGUACAAUCGGUUUGCCAAUGCUAUGGGUUUCAUGAGGACCGAAGCCUUGUCUGGCUGCACCCAGAUUCUCAAGGAAUUGCAGGAGCUUGACGAGUAGAUGUUGGCUUGAGUUUCCUAGUAUGUGUCUAGUUUUAAAACCUUGCUUGGUUCACGCUGGUAAUGUUUGCUGUUAUUUGAUGGCUUGUUAUCUCAACACCUGGUGAUUUCUUGAUUUUAUUUGCCAAUAGACUCUUUAAAUUAUGUUUCAUGGCUCUUCUGGACUUGAAAGUAGGGUUUCUUCUGUUAUUUAAUAAUAUUAGUAAUUGAUUAA